AUGCUCAGCAAGCUCAUCGCAAUUGCCUCUAUUUCUUCUCUUGCCAGAGCCCAUUAUUUUUUGCAAAGCCCUCCAAGCAUCGGUUUUGACGAUGUUAAACUGACCGAAACUCCCUGUGGUGGUUUCGACGCUACCGAUCGCAGUGGUGGUGUUACUGAGUGGCCAGUCAGCGGGUUUCCCUUCAGCGUCAUCACAACCCAUUUAGAUGUCAUAUGGACUUUUAAAGCCGCGCUUCUUAGCGACGUAUCAAAUUUCAUUGAUAUAUACCCGAAUGUUCGCCAGACAGGCAUCUCAGAGUUUUGCUUACCCGCACUUCCCGGCAUCGAAGCGUGGAUCGGACAGGAUGCAGUGUUUCAAGUGGUGCAACAGGCUCCAGAUGGAUAUCUUUAUCAGUGCUCUGCCAUCAAGUUUGUUUCCGGGGGCCCGGCACUCACCGGGGACUGCAGUAACUCAACGAGCGUACGAGCAAGUAUAAUCCCUGGGACUGGUCCAAGACCGCCUGUUCAAUCUUCAUCUACGACAACGCGCCGCUUUACAACGACCUCGAUCAGCUCAACUACAUCGACGAUUCCUGAUCCAGAGCCUACCGAGGAUCCAAACACAGAGAGUUCGACAACUCCAGUGACCACAGCCGAUUCAUCUACACGCGCUCACGAGGAAACUACUACCACUGUGGAGCCUACUUCUAUGCCCACUGAAGGGCCAACCACAGUACCCACCACCCAUCACUCCAAUGAUCAUACAGACAUUCCAACCUACGCACCAACUCCAAGUGGAAGUGGCUCCCCAACUAUUUCAAUGAACUCCACCACCACCCUACCGACCGUGCCCCCAGCGUACACCGGUACUGCUAGUACUGGCAAGAGCAUUAGUUUCCUUGCUAUUUUUAUAGCAGUAGCAGUUUGUUUGUUGUAG